AUGGCCUCCUCUUCGAAACCCGCAAAGUCAAUUUUGAAGAAGAGAAUCGACGAUACCACUACACCCCAACAAUCUAACGCGUCCAUCGUUUCAGUCGACUCCCCCCUCACUGAGUCCAUCGCAUCAGCCAAUCCUGCCCAUCUCGCCACGGCUCUGUAUCAUGCAAACCUCAUCCAGCGUCGGAAAGACCUUGAACUCGACAUCCUCUACUCGACCGAGACGCUCCUCGACUACCCCACCACCAGCCUCCCCGCCACCUCUCCCUCUGCGUCUGACAUCUCCACCGUCAAGCAGCUGUUACGCCCUUUCCAGCCCUCCGACUUCGACGCCCUCCUUGAAGAGCGCCGCAUAAACAACCGCUGCGCUUACGUGCUCUGCCCCAACCCGUCACCACCAGGAGGCUCCAACGGCGGAUACAGGCUCUUUGGCACAUCGGGCAGGUCCAGCAAUUUCCGCAUCGUGCCAGCCUCAGAAGCAGACCGAUGGUGCAGCGAGGACUGCGCGAGGAGGGCCAUGUACGUCAAAGUCCAGCUCUCUGAGACGCCAGCCUGGGAACGUGAUGGGGGAUACGGCGGCGAGCUCGAGCUGCUCGGCGAGCGUGAAGCGCUCUCCGAAAGGCAAAGGCUCGACGAGAGGUUGGCAGACGACUUGAAGAAUCUAGAGAUUAUCUCCGACCCGGAAGGACGAGGUGUGGAGGAUAGAAGGGACUUGGCGCUGGAGAGGGGCGAGAUGGCACCAGACGCUGUGAUUAGAGGUGGCCUGGUGGAUGUUGAGGUAAGGGAGAAUGAGAUAACUCGACAAGCUGUGCCCCCGAGUUUUGAAGAUGAGUUCGAUGAUGAGGAUGAACAGGUCAGGCGGAGGUUUGACGCUAUGCAUCUCAAACACGAAGGGUAUGCUUCAAGGUAA